AUGUUCCCAAUUCUGCUCAUUCUUCUGCUGCUGGCCCUCCACCCGACCCCAGGAAAAACACAAGAACCGGAAUGUGGUCGAAGCCGCCCCCGGCACCGUAUUGUGGGUGGCUCCAAUGCCAUGCCGGGAGACUGGCCAUGGCAGGUGAGUCUGCACAGUGACGGAUUCCCCAUCUGUGGCGGCUCCCUCAUUACUGAAUCCUGGGUCCUCUCUGCUGCUCACUGUGUGGUAGAGGAUGGGACUCUGAGGCCACCAGAGGAGUUUGCAGUGUACCUGGGCUUGUACUCUCAGUUGAAUCAGUUGAUGCAGGAUCACGGACAGUACCGGGACAUAACAGAAAUUCUGGUCCCGGACAAUUACACUGAUGCAGAGUUUGGGAGUGACAUUGCCCUGUUGCAUCUGUCUGAACCUGCUAACCUCACCGAGUUUGUGCAGACCAUCUGCCUGCCCCAGGCCAAUCACCGAUUCCCCCACGGAGCCUCCUGCUGGGCCACAGGCUGGGGAGACAUACAUGAAAGCAUAUGGCUGCCAGCACCUCAGCUGCUCCAGGAGUUGGAACUGGAGAUCAUUGGACCAUCAACCUGUCAGUGUUUCUUUAACUCCAAAGACCCCUUCAACUCAACAAUUCAGCUACUACCAGGGAUGUUAUGUGCUGGCUUUAAGGAAGGCAGAAAGGAUACCUGCCAGGGGGACUCAGGCGGUCCACUGGUCUGUGAGGAGGCAGGUCAAUGGUUCCUGGCUGGAAUCACCAGUUUUGGCCAUGGCUGUGCAAGGAGGAACCGUCCAGGUAUCUUCACAGCUGUAGCAGCCUAUGAAAGCUGGAUCCGGGAACGAGUGACUGGUGCGUCCUUCCCUGAACAACCCAAGCCUGUUGCACCACAUAUGCCAGAGGAGCCCCCUAGCAACUGCACCCUCGCUUUGCCAGAAUGUGGUAGUGCCCCCAGACCUGGUCAUUGGCCCUGGAAGGCUAUUGUAGUUAACGCACCAUCCAGUCCCUGCCAUGGAGUGAUGGUAGCAGAGAAAUGGGUCCUCGCACCAGCCACCUGCUUUCUGGGCCUAGAACUAGACCCUACCAACUGGCAAGUGAUCCUCCCAAGUGCAAGAAGGGUACCAGUCGCCCAAGUUGUGUUAAAUAGCAACUACACAUUGGAUUAUGGGUAUGACUUGGCCCUUUUGGAGCUUGAAGUGCCUGUAAAGUUCACUGAAGACAGAAGGCCUGUGUGCUUGCCCAAGUCAUAUCACUACUUUCUGCCUAAGGGCCGUUGUCAUCUGAUCCAAUGGGGCCCUGGAGAUGUACCCUCUGUCAACAAUUCCCUGCUGGAGGCUGAAAUGAUGGCAGCCUGGUGGUGUUAUUGCCUCCAUGGCCAGGAGGGGGAGGAAGUGCCUCAGCCUCUAAUGAACCCUAGAAUCCUGUGUGCUCACUACCAAGAGGAGGAGGAGAUGAGCAGCUGUUGGUUUGGUAGCCGCUGGAGCCUCCUAUGCCAGGAAUCUGGGACCUGGUUUCUGGCAGGUGUUUCGGGGCCCACAGAAAGCUGUGUUCGUCCUCGCGUCUUCUCCCCAGUGCAACUUCACAGCCACUGGAUUGCCCGUGUCGCCCUUACGGCCUUCCUGGAAGAUCAACUGGCCUGGAACUGGGCAACUGGAGUGGUGGCACCAGAGACCUGUCCCCUCAAAACCAAAUAUGGAGCUUGCGGCCUUAGACUAGAGAUGUUGGAAAAUAGUAAUCCAUGGCCCUGGAUGGCAGAGGUGCAUGGGACCAGGGGUGGAGUUUGCAUAGGCAGCCUGGUGAGCCCUAGUUGGGUCCUAGCACCUACUCAUUGUGUGACCAGACAAGCCUCCACUGCAGCUGGUCUCCAGGUUCACCUGGGUACAGCAGGAUCCCAGGGCUACCAGGUGUCACGGUCAAUUACCAGCAUUCACUUUCCCUAUGGUAUGGGAUCCAGAGCACCCCUAGUCCUCCUGAAACUAGAGACCAAGGUGGAGUCCUCUCCCUCUACCCUGCCUGUUUGCCUCCAUUCUGGACCUCCCCCAAGUGACACAAGCUGCUGGGUGCUGGGCUGGAAAGACUUUGCAAACCGAGUUCCCACGGCCUCUCCAGUCAGCAUCUUGUCCUCCAAAAGUUGCCGCUGCCUCUAUGAUGAUACACUGCCCUAUGGAACCAUCUGUGUCCAGUAUUCCAAGGAAAUGGACAGAUCUGGGAUGGACUCAGGGUCAUCUCUCCUGUGUGAAGAAGAAAGAGGUUCCUGGGUCCUGGUUGGGAUAUCCCUAGAGGGAAGCCAGGAACUUUUUACCCCAGUGGGAACCCAGGAGCCCUGGAUCUCCCAGACUGUAGGGGAGGCAUCCUUUUUGGCCAAGUCCAAGUUCAGUGGAGUCUUGUGGGACACCAGUGGCCUUUGCCCCCCAGACCUGAGCAGUGCCGCAACAGUUCCAAGAGCUGCCCUUCUAAUGUUUUUACCUCUGGUUCUCCUACGACUUUGA